AUGGAGAUGUUUGUGGCUCGUCCUUUGCAUUCCUUGAGCCUGAUAUGGACUCCCAAAAGCCUCUGUGUGCUGAGCAAAUGCCUCGACAUCGAUCAGCACCUCCAAAGCUUCUCAUCGCCGCCCGGAGCGUUUGGCCCGGGCCUGGAGGCUUUGGAUCUCAUGGACAUUUUGGCGAUGGGUGAGGACCUGUUAUCGCAAGAGCCCAGUGUGUUGGAGUUGAGGGGUUCCAUCACCCUUUGCGGUGCCAUUCUGGGCGACCUGCAGCACUUGCAGAAUCUUCGCCACGUCAUCACAGCGCAGCCCGGGACGGGGCUGCUGUUCCUGGGAAUUACUUGGCGGAGAAGGCGGAAAACGAAGUGGAGGCAGGAAGAUAAGAGGGAGGUUCGGCCCUUGUGCGGGGAUGUGGUGCUUGGUUCGUAUGACCUGCUAGGUAUCCAGACCGCAUUUGGCUACUGCGCGGCGCAGGAGUUUGGCAACAGCUCUCACUUUCGCACCGAGUGCAUCAGGCGCUACGACCUGAAGGUGGCCCUGCGUUUCCUCCGCAUCUUGGAAUGGCUUCCACUGGCCGCGGUGGUGGGGUCGGCGCACCUGUGCUGCUUGGGAGGCAUCAGACCCCUUGGGGGUUUGAACCUCAAAGAGAUUCAGAAGCUCGGUGAUCAGAAUGCAGCUGCCAUGUCGAUGUUUUUCAGGGCUUAUGACCGAUGCCUCGGCGGCGUUGCACCCAGCGUCUACGGCCACGGUGGCCACGGCGGCCAUGGUGGCGGCCACGGUGGCGUGGCAUCGCCGAGCCCGGCGAUGCGGAUGAGCCCGUCGGCUUCGAGUCAUCCGGAGGAGAGGCUGUUGAAGCCAUGGAUGCAGUUCGUGUCAUUGUUGAGCGCGCUCACUGCUGCCAUCAUCAGUCUUUGGUCCUUACGUGACCCCGGCGCUUGUGUUUCCUUUACAGAGAAGCAGGCCUAUGCACCAAAGCAGUGCAAGGCCCUGCAAGGCUAUGCGGAUGUUCCAGCCGGCAUCACGCAACCGAGUCGUUACGUGGCUGCACCAAGGCUGGGCUUCUGCUACAUGAACUGCGGAGACACUGAAGUUCGCAUCUAUGCAUGGUCACUACUCUUUGGAAUGUUGCUUCAGUCACUUGGAAUUUGCUUGAGUUGA